AUGCAUGAGCAGCUUGCAAAUCCCAACUAUUGCCUCCCCGACUUUUCCUGUUCCGACGACAUGGCGUCCACUACGAUAACCGCUCUCAACACCGAUGUUCAGCAUCCGCGGGCCCCUCCUCCGUCCAUAGCCGCCAUCUUCGUCGUCUCUGUCACAACUUUCGCGGCGACAACGGUCUCCACCACAACUACCGCUCCCGCCACCGAACAAGAGACUCUAUACUGUCUGGCGACCACCAUCUCGCCAUUUCCACCUCCAUUUCCAAGGAAUUGA